AUGUCUAGCCCCAAGUCCAAGACAGCCUCUCCCGCCUCUCCAGCCUCCAGCCCCAAGUCUGCAACGGGGGCUGCCACGUCAGCUCCAAUUGUAGCAGACCCGGAGUUCGAGGGAGGCGACCACGACGAUGCACCUUCGGUGUUGAGUCAGGAAAUUGAGUCGACAGCUUCUCUAACAGACAGCAUCCGAGACUUCCGAAAUAUCCACGGUCGCACCUACGGGAACUCCAAGACAACUGAGUACUGGGCACCCAACGACGAGCGGCAAAAUGAAGGUCUAGACAUUACACACCACUAUAUACUUCUCUAUUUCGACAAUAAGCUUCACCAAGCGCCAAUUGGCAGCCAUCCACAGCGCGUGUUGGAUGUAGGGACCGGUACCGGUAUAUGGGCUAUUGACUUUGCCGACCAGUUCCCCUCAGCCCAAGUGAUCGGCACCGACAUCUCCCCUAUUCAACCCUCUUGGAUCCCCCCAAACUGCGAGUUCCACAUCGACGAUGCCCAGCUUGAUUGGACUUGGCCAACCGAUCACUUUGACUACAUCCACAUCCGCGACCUCUACGGUAGCAUCGAUGACUGGUCCGCUCUCUAUGCCAAAGCUUUCCGCCACCUCAAGCCAGGAGGCUGGUUUGAGGACCUUGAACUCGACAUCCGUGCCCAUUCGGAUGUAGUGACAGACCCUCAGCACAUUUAUCACCGCUGGAAUGCCGUCUUCCAAGAGGCAGGUGAAAAGAUGGGCAAAACGUUCAAGAUUGCCAUCGGCUCACGAAUGAGAGAUCUCAUGGACGAGGCCGGCUUCGUGGACGUCUCGGAGCGCAAGUUUAGGCUUCCGAUGAGUGCGUGGGCGUCUGAUCCAAAGUUGAAAGAGAUUGGGUCAUUUGUGCAGAUGUUCGUUGACGGGGGGUUGGAGGGCUUUGGGCUAUACCUGUUGACGCAGGUUAUGGGAUGGCAGUAUGAUAAAUGUCAGGUGUUUAUUGCCGAGAUGAGGCAGGCUUUGAGGAAUAAGAAGCUGAACCCUUAUUAUGAGGUGACUUUGGUUUACGGAAGGAAACCAGAGGAAGCAACUACUACUCAAUCCUAG